AUGUUCAAAAAGUUCCAGCCAUCCACUGAUAUCGCUGGGCAUACGCCAGUCAAGACUUCGGUGCAGCGAUCUAUCCGAUCGGCCCUCCUUUCGCAGUGGAAGAUUGAACCAGAGACUCUGGAAGCUAUAUGGCCAAAGAAAGAGGGCCUGGUACACGUAAAAUGCAGAGAGCAUGUGUCCAUAUACACGGUGAACGGGGAGCCACUAGCGUUCCAGCACUUUGACGGCCCCUUCUACCCGACCUUGCGUGUCAUCCACAAAUAUCCGUAUAUUCUACCGAUGGUUAAGGUAGAUCGAGGUGCUAUCAGGUUUCUCCUUGGGGGCGCACACAUGAUGUGUCCUGGGUUCACUUCCAAGGGAGGAUAUCUGCCUCCGCCUGAUGAGGCUCUCCCGGCUGGGUCGCCGGUGACCAUCCAUGCCGAGGGCAAGGAGCAUGCUGUGGGUAUAGGCAUUACGAAGCUGGCCACGGAAGACAUCCGAAAGAUAAAUAAAGGCGUUGGGGUCGAAGUCGUGACGUAUCUCGGGGAUGACCUGUGGGCGCUGCAAAGCCUGUGA